AUGCUUAAACCUCAGGCAAUCCUUCCUAUAAAUCCAUCUCAGAAAUUGUAUUCUGAUGAGAAUCCUACACAGGAGUGUCCUAAACAAGUGAAUCCUACACAAAAGUAUCGUCAACAAUUAAAUCCUACACAGGAGUAUCAUCAACAAGAGAAUACUACACAUGAGUAUCCUCAACAAUUAAAUCCUACACAGGAGUAUCCUCAACAAGAGAAUCCUACACAUGAGUAUCCUCAACAAAUGAAUCCUACACAGGAGUAUCCUCAACAAGUGAAUCCUACACAUGAGUAUCCUAAACAAGUGAAUCCUACACAGGAGUAUCCUCAACAAGUGAAUCCUACACAUGAGUAUCCUAAACAAGAGUAUCCUCAACAAGAGAAUCCUACACAUGAGUAUCCAACAAAUGUGAAUCCCUACACAGGAGUCAAUCCUGCAACAAGUGAAUCCUACACAUCAGUAUCCUCAACAAGUGAAUCCUACAUAGGAGUAAUCUGCAAGAGAAUCCUACACAGGAGUAUCCUAAAAAGAGAAUCCUACACAGGAGUAUCCCUCAAGCAAGAGUAUCCUCAACAAGUUAAUCCUACACAGGAGUAUCCUAAACAAGUGAAACCUACACAGGAAUAUUCUCAACAAGUUAAUCCUACACAGGAGUAUCCUCAACAAGUGAAUUCUACACAGGAGUAUCCUCAACAAUUAAAUCCUACACAGGAGUAUCCUCAACAAGAGAAUACUACACAGGAGUAUCCUCAACAAUUAAAUCCUACACAGGAGUAUCCUCAACAAUUAAAUCCUACACAGGAUUAUCCUCAACAAGUGAAUCCUACACAGGAGUAUCCUCAACAAGAGAAUCCUACACAGGAGUAUCCUUAA